GUUAGGGCUGCCCGGCGCCGGGCCAGCGUCCCUGGAAGCGGCGUCUCGUCCCCUGCCACCGCCCAGGCCUCGCCGGCGCCCUCCCGCUGGUAUCAACGCACUGCCGAGUGGCAGAGAGUCACGCUGGAUCCGGGCGCGGGCAGGACAGUCAGCAGUCUGGUAACUGGAUCUCCUAGGAAGAGAAGUUCUUAAAGAGUAAGAAGAAAGCAUUUCAAUUUGGAACACUUCUCUGCAAGUGGAAAUGGGGAAUGGACUGUCAGACCAGACUUCUAUCCUGUCCAGCCUGCCUUCAUUUCAGUCCUUCCACAUUGUCAUCCUGGGUUUGGACUGUGCUGGAAAGACAACCGUGUUAUACAGGCUGCAGUUCAAUGAAUUUGUAAAUACCGUGCCUACCAAAGGAUUUAACACGGAAAAAAUUAAGGUAACCUUGGGAAAUUCUAAAACAGUCACUUUCCACUUCUGGGAUGUAGGUGGUCAGGAGAAGUUAAGGCCACUGUGGAAGUCAUAUACCAGAUGCACCGACGGCAUUGUGUUUGUCGUGGACUCUGUUGAUGUUGAAAGGAUGGAAGAAGCUAAAACUGAACUUCAUAAAAUAACAAGGAUAUCAGAAAAUCAAGGGGUCCCUGUGCUUAUAGUUGCUAACAAACAAGACCUGAGGAACUCACUGUCUCUCUCAGAAAUUGAGAAAUUGUUAGCAAUGGGUGAAUUGAGCUCAUCAACUCCCUGGCAUUUGCAGCCCACCUGUGCAAUCAUAGGUGAUGGACUGAAGGAAGGACUUGAGAAACUGCAUGAUAUGAUAAUUAAAAGAAGAAAAAUGUUGCGGCAACAGAAAAAGAAAAGAUGAAUGGUGAUACCUUUUAUAUCUGUGUGGAGUAGGUUUUCUCUGGUCUGAUUUUGACAAAUGGAAGAGUGUCUUCAGCCUGGUUUGCCUGCCUGCCUUCCUGGAUGCUGUUAAAGCUUUGUUUUGUUGAACAAUCAGAUGUCCAACUCUAUUGCCUUGUGGAAGAUGAGUAAAUGCAGUGCUUCUUAAAAUGGUCUCUUCCCCCUACCCCACAAAUCUUCUGGUACUGCCAUUUUGGGAAGCCAAGCAAGGAUAGAAAAUUGUCCAGAAAACAGUUAGGGAAAUUUGACCUGAAGUUAGUGAAAUAAAACUUUGAAGAGUG